GAAGACUCCAUUUCCCAACAUGGUUCUCUGUCACAGGACCCUUCACCCCUUGUCUCUCCUGAUACAAGCUGCAGUGCUGGCCGAAGUCGUGGCCCUGGGCACCCUGCCUGCCUUCCUGCCCUGUGAGCUGAAGCCUCGUGGCCUGGUAGACUGUAACUGGUUGUUCCUGAAGUCUGUGCCCCGCUUCUCGGCAGAGGCUGCCCGUUCCAACGUCACCAGCCUCUCCUUGAUCUCCAACCGCAUCCACCACCUGCAUAAUUCCGACUUCGUCCACCUGUCCAACCUGCGGCACCUGAACCUCAAAUGGAACUGCCCGCCCACGGGCCUCAGUCCCAUGCACUUCCCCUGCCACAUGACCAUCGAGCGCAACACCUUCGUGGUUGUGCGUACACUGGAAGAGCUGAACCUGAGCUACAAUGGCAUCACCACUGUACCCCCACUGCCCAGCUCCCUAACGAACCUGAGCCUGAGCCACACCAACAUCCUGGUACUAGAUUCUACCAGCCUCGCUGGCCUGUACAACCUGCGCUUUCUCUUCAUGGAUGGGAACUGCUACUACAAGAAUCCCUGCGGUACGGCAGUGGAGGUGGCCCCAGGUGCUCUCCUGGGCCUGAGCAAUCUCACCCACUUGUCACUCAAGUAUAACAACCUCGAAAAGGUGCCCCGCCAACUGCCCCCCAGCCUGGAGUACCUACUGGUGUCUUAUAACCGCAUUGUCAAGCUGGUACCUGAAGACCUCGCCAAUCUGACCUCCCUGCGAGUACUUGAUGUGGGUGGGAACUGUCGCCGCUGCGACCAUGCCUUCAACCCCUGUACAGAAUGUGGACAAGAGUCCCUCCAGCUGCACCCUGAGACCUUCCGUCACCUGAGCCACCUCGAAGGCCUGGUGCUGAAGGACAGUUCUCUCCACACGCUGAGCUCCUCCUGGUUCCAAGGCCUCGUCAACCUUUCAGUGCUGGACCUAAGUGAGAACUUUCUCUACGACUGUAUUACCCAGACUACGGUCUUCCAGAACCUGACAAGCCUGCGCAAGCUCGACCUGUCCUUCAAUUAUUGCAAGAAGAUAUCAUUUGCCAAGCGCCACCUGACAAAGUCCUUCGAGGGUCUGGUGUCACUGCAAGAGCUGAACCUGAACGGCAUCUUCUUCCGAUUGCUCAACAAGAACACACUCAGGCCACUGACCAAUCUGCCCCACCUCCACACCCUGCAUCUUCAGAUGAACUUCAUCAACCAGGCCCAGCUCAGCAUCUUCGGUACCUUCCCAAACCUUCAUUUUGUGGACCUGUCAGAGAACCGCAUCAGUGGGUCUUUGAUAAUGUCAGCAGCCACCCCUGAAGAAGCAGACAAUGGGGAGCAGGAGAGUCUGGGGUCUGGGGUUCCUGCCCCAACUCUACUGAGCACCCCUGGCUCUAAGGACUUCAUGGUCAGGUGCAGGAACCUCAAGUUUACCUUGGAUCUGUCUCGGAACAACCUGGUGGUAGUCAAGCCAGAGAUGUUCGUCAACCUCUCACACCUCCAGUGCCUAAGCCUGAGCCACAACAGUAUUGCACAGGCUGUCAAUGGCUCUCAGUUCCUGCUGCUGACCAAUCUGCAGGUGCUAGACCUGUCCCAUAACAAGCUGGACUUGUAUCACGGGCGUUCGUUCACUGAACUCCCACAAUUGCAGGCCCUGGACCUGAGCUACAACAACCAGCCCUUCAGCAUGCAGGGUAUUGGCCACAACUUUAGUUUUGUGUCCCGCCUGUCCAUGCUGCAGUACCUUAGCCUGGCACACAAUGACAUUCACAGCCGCGUGUCCUCACAUCUUCGCAGUACCUCGCUGAGGUCCCUAGACUUCAGUGGCAAUGCUGUAGGCCUCAUGUGGGGUGAGGGGAACCUUUACCUCCAAUUCUUCCGGGAUCUGCGUCGCCUUUACCAGCUGGACCUGUCUCAGAAUCGUCUGCAUAUCCUCCUGCCCCAGAACCUCGACAACCUCCCCAAGAGCCUGAGGAUUCUGAAUCUCCGUGACAAUUACCUGUCUUUCUUUAACUGGAGCAGCCUGACCUUCCUGCCCAACUUGAAAGUUCUGGACCUGGCAGGAAACCAGCUAAAGGCCCUGACCAACGGCACCCUGCCUAAUGGCACCCUGCUCCAGAAACUGGAUGUGAGUAGCAACAGUAUUAUCUCUGUGGCCCCAGCCUUCUUUGCUCUGGCUGUGGAGCUGAAGGAAGUCAACCUCAGUGACAACAACCUCAAGACAGUGGAUCGCUCCUGGUUUGGGCCCAUAGUGCCCAACCUGACAAUGCUAGACGUAAGAAGCAACCCUCUGCACUGUGCCUGUGGGGCGGCCUUCGUGGACUUCCUGCUGGAGGUACAGACCAAAGUGCCCGGCCUGCCCAACCAGGUGAGGUGUGGCAGUCCCGGCCAGCUGCAGGGCCGUAGCAUCUUCGCGCAGGACCUGCGGCUGUGCCUGGAUGAAGUCCUCUCCUGGGAUUGCUUUGGCCUUUCACUGUUGGCUGUGGCUGUGGGCAUGGCGGUGCCAUUACUGCAGCAUCUCUGCGGCUGGGACGUCUGGUACUGUUUCCACCUGUGCCUGGCAUGGAUACCUUUACUGGCCCGGGGUCGGCGCGGCGCCCAAGCCCUGCCCUACGAUGCCUUUGUAGUGUUCGACAAGGCGCAGAGCGCAGUGGCCGACUGGGUGUAUAACGAGCUGAGGGUGCGGCUGGAGGAGCGGCGCGGGCACCGAGCCCUGCGCCUGUGCCUGGAGGACCGGGAUUGGCUGCCGGGCCAGUCGCUCUUCGAGAAUCUCUGGGCCUCCAUCUAUGGCAGCCGCAAGACGCUGUUUGUGCUGGCCCACACGGACAGGGUCAGUGGCCUCCUGCGCACCAGCUUCCUGCUGGCUCAACAGCGCCUGCUGGAGGACCGCAAGGACGUGGUGGUGCUGGUGAUCUUGCGCCCCGAUGCGCACCGCUCCCGCUACGUGCGCCUGCGCCAGCGCCUCUGCCGCCAGAGUGUGCUCUUCUGGCCCCAGCAGCCCAACGGGCAGGGCAGCUUCUGGGCCCAACUGUGCACAGCCCUGACUAGGGACAACCGCCACUUCUAUAACCGGAACUUCUGCCGGGGACCCACAGCAGAAUAGCCCAGAGCAACGACUGGGAACAGCGGCACCUUCACGCCUGGCCAUCCGGGUUGCUCCGCCUGCCUUGCUCUGUCCUGCUUUACUUCACCGGUAUCUGGCAGGUGUUCGAUACAUGCUGCCAAACCACCAAUCCCGGGCUCCUGGGCGGUGUGGGUGGGAGGAGAGAUGGGAAAAUUCUCCAUCUCUCCGCACAGUAAAGAGAGAGAAGAUAGAUAAAAACGGGACCCACAGAACAAAGGUUGGCUGUGAAGGGCAAUUUUCUUCGCCGGCAUCUUCCAGGAGGGUCGGAAGAUAAUCACCAAAUGUGGACCUGAUCCUUCCCAGAGAACAGGGCCAGGUCUGGCUUUUUUGUUUUAUUUUUUUAAAGCUGUUCUCUGAAUUCCCCGCCCUCCGUGCUGGCCUGUGUCAGCACCUGUCUGUCUGUCUUGCCCUAAGCAAGGUCCUGAGAAAACUCCCAAGCAGGGCUGUGUUCACUACUAGGUGUGUAGGAAAAAAGGGAUGAUUGCACGCUCGGGGGAGCCGGGGGCAUGCCUAAGCUGGACAAUGAAGGCCAGCCUUGAUUAGAGUCCCGUCAGUGCCAGCAGCAGCAAGGAGCUGAGAGCCACAGAUGAUCAAAGGUGUAUUAAACCUGUGUGUGUGUGUGUG